AUGAUUGCUGGGUCGUGGGCUGCAUUCUUAGUUGUGGAUGAGGCCCAUCUGCAAGUUGGCAUCCCAGUGUUAUUCAGCGGCGAAAUUGUGCACGUAGCCGCUUUUGGCGCCAUAAUUACAUGGGGCUGGGGGGAUUUACAGGAGUUAGAUAAGGAGAUCCUUAACGUCAGCACGCUUACAGAGAUGGUGGUGGACAGUGGUGGUGAUGGGGAUUGGGGAUGGUGA